AUGGCAAGACUGACUGUCACAGUAACAAACGUUUCCAAAGCGGAAAGUGGAGAGCGUCAUAUCAUGGCUGGCUUGAACGAUCUGAUCCACUCUACAGUUCUACCUAAAGGAGGACCUACAAUUAUCGGGACCAAGUUUCAAUAUCAUGUUGGAGAUGAAGUGAACAUCACUUGCCACGCAGCUCCAUCUAAACCAGCUGCAAUUUUCAAGUGGUUCAUUCAUGAUGAGGAGGUUCCGCCAGCAUUUGUUUGGCAUGCCCCCGUCGUUCGAUACCGCGAUGGACUUCUAAGCAGUCAGCUGGGACUACAUUUUAUCGUGGAGCCUUCACAUUUGGUGAAUGGUGUUUUGAAGCUACGGUGUUUGGCUGCGAUCUCACAGGCAUACUCCAUGACAAGUGAAGAAAUUAUUGUUGGCAAUACUGUCAGGGCAUCUGGACUCUACACUGCAAUUGACGGCCCACGCAUAGAAGGUGGCUUGACCAAGUACCAAGUUGGAGAUGAAGUGGACGUCAACUGUACUUCAAGAAAAUCUCAGAAGCCAGCAAAGUUAUCAUGGUUUAUAAAUGACAAUAAGGCCAGUGCAGACUUCAUCGUACCGUACGAUCUCCAGACUUACCCUUAUGGAUUGAAAGCUUCGCUUCUGGGGCUGAAGUUUAUAGUUAGAGGACACCAUUUUCACAAGGGCGAAAUGAGACUUAAGUGUACUGCUACACUGUCUAAAGUAAUCAACACUAACAAUGAAGAGGUCAUUAUUGGCGGUAAUCAACAAAGUUCAGGACUACAUGUGUCUGAAAAUGGAAGCACAGUCCCAGCUGUAGGAAUCACACUGAAGCAGUCAUGCUGGAUCACAGUCACAUUUGUACUCCUUUUGUACCGGAUGUGACGCUGCGGAAGAGUAAUCAUAGAGAAAAAGUGACACAACAAUAUACUUGAAAAAUGUAGAGUUAUCGGGUGACUCACUCAUCCUCAGAAAAAGCGUGCACAACAUUAACUGAAGCCAUUGGAAAGGCACUUUUCUCUUUAGCUUCAAGUGUGCAAGAUCGUAUAAUGAUUCUUGGUCUGCUAGUUACGAAAUUAUUCUCAUUCGUCAACUGUGGUCAUGGUGAAAACUAUGUGAUCUUCUGUGGAAACAAAUUACGAACCCAAAUGUUUUAGCAAAAAGCAAAAUAGCUAGGCGUGAUUCAUUUCUUUUUAUUUAUUUAUUUAUUUAUUUUUUGCUACCCGUGAUUGAACCAGUAAUAUGAGGGAAGCUGUGCCUUGUGGGGUUAUAUGAUAUCAAGUGGUUAGAUAGAAGAUGACCCAUAAGUGGAAGAUAAAAAAAUCUAUGACCAGUAAUCUGUUCUUGGAGUAAAUGUUGUAACAUUAUGGUAUUAUUUCUAUUGGUAUAAGCACUCUUAUUAUAAUUAAGAAUAUUUCCUAAUGGACCAUGUGGGCUUUUUUCUUCAGUGUAAACUUUUUGUGUUUCAAAAAUAAUGUAAAAUUACAUUAGUCACUUUCGAUUACGGCAAACACUAUUAUUUGGACAUCAAAACAAAAGAACGUUGUGAAGAGUUAAUCAAUCCUUUUGG